AGCGGCUGAGCUACCGCGACAAUCCGUUGUGACAAACAUUUCGGCUAGUAAAGACAAGAGGGUUUAUUACCUAUUAUUAAUUAAUAUUUUAGAAUAUAUAUUAGAAGCACUGUGACAGUAUCGGCAAGAGCGUAGUAAAUGAAGUGUAGCAGAAUGCUUAUUUUUGUCGGGGAGCAACAAAAUGACAUCUAUGGAAUGAUGUCACCUCUACCGAACAAUUUUCGGAACGUUUCACUAUCACCUUUAGAGCAAACGAUUUUUAUUUUACAUUUGUAAAUUUGCCGAUCUCAGCCCAUGUUUGCGUCAUCAUGGACAGGGAUGCCUACCGCAACUGCAGCAGUCUGGUCAAAAUCCCACGGCAGUCCUACGACCAGUUCUGCUCGUCGCAUUUCGUCGACUACAUCGACAAUGAUCUGUGCUACUCCAAAUUUUUCAAAAGGUACCUGCUUCCCAAUCACCCGUGCGUCUUUUCCAAGCGGUUUACCGACGAGUGGAAGUGUAGGAAACAGUGGGUGACCGAGGAGGGCAAGCCUCACUUCCAGAAGCUGCUGCAAGAAUUUGGGGAAACUCCUGUACCUGUGGCCAACUGCAACGCAAAAGAAUACAAUGCAAAUCCCAAACAAGUGAUGCCUUUCAAGGAAUUCAUCCAGUACUGGAAAGAGCACAUCCAGAAUGGACACUCGUCCCCGAAAGGAUGUCUCUAUCUUAAAGACUGGCACAUGGCCAGGGACUUUCCAGAGCAUCACGUUUACACCACGCCCAUCUUCUUUACCUCCGACUGGCUGAAUGAAUACUGGGACGCGCUCGAAGUGGACGACUACCGCUUUGUCUACAUGGGUCCUAAAGGAUCGUGGACGCCGUUCCACGCCGACGUUUUCCGCUCGUACAGUUGGUCUGCCAACAUCUGCGGCAGGAAGAAGUGGCUGCUGUAUCCUCCCGGCCAGGAGGAGUUCCUGAGAGACACGCACGGCAACCUCCCCUUUGACGUCACGUCGGCCGACCUGCGCGACGGCAGCCUUUUCCCGCGCUUCCCGCAGGCCGGCCAGCCUCUCGAGAUCAUCCAGGAGGCCGGGGAGAUAAUUUUUGUGCCCAGCGGUUGGCACCAUCAGGUUUAUAAUCUGGAGGACACCAUCUCCAUCAAUCACAACUGGCUGAACGGCUGCAACGUGGACAUCAUGUGGCAGUUUCUGCAGAACGAGCUGUCCUCGGUUCAGAAAGAGAUCGACGAGUGGAGAAACACCAUGGAUUCGUGGCAUCAGCACUGCCAGGUCAUCAUGAAGGCCUGCUCCGGCAUCGACUACGGGGAGUUUGCGUCGUUCCUCAAAAUCGUGGCGGACAACCGGAUGACGUUCCUGAACGCUCGCCCCCCGGGAGACGCCGCCGACUACCCGCGCCACCCGUCGGAGGCGCUCGUCACCCUCGGGCCGUACCACGCCGCCUUCGAUUUGCAACGGGUGGCCCACAUCUUGGAGCUCUUGCUGUGCAACGAGGACUUUAAGCGGCUCGACCGCUCGGCGUCCGCCGUGCAGCCCGAAACGUUGUUGCAGCAAAUUCGGGAAACCAUACAGUCCACUAGAGGGCAGCAUCUUCUUUAUCAGGACUGAGAGAGCGAUUGUAAUGGGGUUGCGAAGAGCCAGACAUUUUAUGGUUGAAAUCUGUGAACUUUAGCUGUGGAAAUACUUUAACUUGGACAAAUGGCAUGAGAGGUAAUGAGAGUUUCAUUUUUGUUUUUUUUAAUAUAUCUUUGACAUGUUUGGGGUAAUAUACCCCAAGGAUCAAGUAUUACAGCACACAUAAUUUUUAGAGCCUCAGUGAAGUUAACCAGUUUUAAGGGGGCGGUCCUGUGUGACACAAAUGAGCCACUGCUCACCUUCUCUCCUGGAGCAGCAAUAGCAUGGCUUUUGUUCCUAUGGCAACUCGGAGCGGGUGCUAGGUAGUGACUACUUGUGCUCCAAGUCUAAAAAAUAGCGAGCGCACAUAAAAUGGUAAAAGCAUGGAUUGUAUUUUCACUCAUGGUGGCAGCACUUCAUUUUAGUUUAUCAGAAUCUAAUGCUAAGCUGUGCAUCCAACAGCCCUCCAGCUCUGCUUACCUAUUGGCUUUUACAUGAUAGUCCAACCAUAGCUUGAAAAUAGAUCUUCGCCUAGUCUGGGUGCUAAAUCACGGGGUGAGUUUGCAGGUGGUAUUAACUAAUUUAGCUAAGAUGACAUCACAGUGGGGCCAAAUUCUGAACGGCUCGCUCAUAGACAUAUUUUCAGAAAUGGGCUGCUAGCAAAAGAUUUAUAUUCUAGUUUACUUGUAAUUUCACACUUGAUGGGAGGGCAGGCACUCCAGAAACCAAACUGUUACAAUCGUUAGGUCCAUUUUUUUUUACACUUCAUCCCCCCUUUAAUCUUAAUGUCAAUUUUAUUUAUUAAUAUAACACCAGUCAUUUUCUCAGAGAAAAAAAAAAAAAAGCAAAACACAAUAUUCAAAUGUAAUCAACAUAUUUGAAUGCCUCUAUGGGGCCUCCAAUUUUUCCCCAAAGAAAAACUGCAUUGCUUGUUAUCAUUUUUUUAAAUUUUGCCAACUCCCUGUUUAAUUGUCGCAAGCUUGUAUAAAUUCUUAAUUCCCAGAAUAAUUUCUGCAUCCUAUUGAGCAGCCUGGAAAUAGCUUGAAUGCAAAUGAAAGAAUAAGACUAAAGACACUUUUUUAAAAACGUUUAUUUAUUUCAAACAGCGUUGUUUGUCACGUAGUUAAAACUGAAGACCUUUCUCGACAUGAUUUGUUUGUGGCUGUGACGUGCAUGUGUCAAUCUCAUCGUUUGCCCUUUAAAAAAAUAAACACGUUCAAGUUGUGA